ACAAACACAUACGCAUGUCAAACAAAUUCAUAAUAUGUCCAAAAUAAUAUUAGGACUCCAUAUUGGAAGAGAUCAAUGCAUAAUCGUGAACAGUAAUCAUGAAUAGUAAUCGUGAACAGUAAUCGUGAACAGUAAUCGUGAACAGUAAUUCGCAAAUAAUACAAUUUACUUAUAAUUCCUACAGCAAAAAUCAUACCCAAAUCAAACAAUAGAAAGGACUAACUCACUAUAUUUGCCAUAUAAACCCCAAAAUUAAAGAUAUCUCUAAUAAAAGUUUAAUACCCAAAAAUCUUAUAAACCAAAGGAUUAAAGUCAAAUCUCACCAAUUUAAACUACCCAAAACUCUAACCCAAAAUUCAUAACUAAAACUUAUACUUACCUAACAAAAGCACCUUAACCUUGGUUGGAGAAAGGAGGAAGAAAAGGAUGGAGGUGGAAGAGAAAGGCAUAGGAAAACCAAAUGAGGCUUUUGGGAGCCUUCUGGAGGCUUAUCCAAGCUUCCACCAACAAAGACCAAAAACUUGGUUGGGAAAAUGCCAUGUGAUGCUUGGAACUUGUGGCUUGUUUUAUACUUUACUGGAAUCUUCUCUUUAGUCUUUGAAAAUGACUUGUUUGAUUGUAUUCUUUUCUCCGUUGGCUUUCUGAACUAUAGUCAUGAAAUCCUUUGUAGCAAUUUGAUUUUGUUCAUCAUCUUUUCUAUUUGAGUCAAAGUGUCAUUGUUUACUAUUGGGGUUCUUCUUAUUUUAGUUUAAUUUUGCUUUCUUUGGGUAUUAUUUGUGCAAGCAAAAUGUCAAUGAGUUCUAUUUCUGCUUUGUCAUUUUGAUACUUAAAUUUGUUGUAAUGAGAGCACAUAGUGUUGUUUAGUACUUGAAAGAAAUAUGAUUUUAUGGU